CGAGCCUCCGCCUCCAGGACCGCAGCGCGCCGCCGGUCACCUGGGGCUGGCGGGCAGCAGGAUCGCGGCGGGACCGGCGGGCUAGCCCGUGGAACGGGAGCGGGGCUCGGACACGAGGUGCGGCGGGGCAGGCACGGAGCAAGGCGGCUCCCCGCGCGGGUCCGGCGGAGGAUGCGGGAGAGCACGUGGGUGUCGCUGCUGCUGCUGCUGCUGCCCGCGCCUCUGUGGGGCGGCCCCCAGGAGCCGGAGCCCGAGCCCGAGCGCGGCCCGCUGCAGCCCUACGAUCUGCUCUACGCCAGCGGGGUGGCUGCCUACUACAGCGGCGACUACGAGCGUGCGGUGCGUGACCUGGAAGCCUCGCUGCGCAGCCACCGGCGCCUGCGAGACAUCCGCACGCGCUGCGCCCGCCACUGCGCGGCGCGCCUCCCGCUCGCACCCCCUGGCGCCGGCCCGGGAGCCGAGCUGCCCUUCUUCCGAGCGCUGCUCGAGCGGGCGCGCUGCUCCCGCAGCUGCCAGAGCCAGCGCCUGGGCGGCCCCGCGUCCCGCCACCGCGUCAGCGAGGACGUGCGCAGCGACUUCCAGCGCAGAGUGCCCUACAACUACCUGCAGCGGGCCUACAUCAAGCUUAACCAGCUGGAAAAGGCCAUGGAAGCAGCCCACACGUUCUUCAUGGCCAACCCUGAGCACAUGGAAAUGCAGCAGAGCAUAGAAGACUACAGAGUGACGGCCGGGGUGGAAACCUUCCAGCUGGUAGAUCGAGAAGCCAGGCCACAUCUGGAGAGCUAUCAUGCAGGCGUUAAACACUACGAGGCGGAUGACUUUGAAGCCGCAAUCAAGUACUUUGAACAAGCAUUAAGAGAAUAUUUCAAUGAAGAUAUGGAGUGCCGGGCUCUAUGUGAGGGACCUCAGAGAUUUGAGGAAUAUGAGUACUUACGGUAUAAAGGCGGUCUUUAUGAGGCAAUUGCAGAUCACUACAUGCAGGUACUGGUCUGUCAGCAUGAGUGUGUGAGGGAACUUGCCACCCGCCCAGGCCGCCUCUCACCAAUUGAGAAUUUCCUUCCCUUGCAUUACGACUACCUCCAGUUUGCCUACUACAGAGUUGGUGAAUAUGUGAAAGCCUUGGAGUGUGCCAAAGCCUAUCUGAUGUUCCAUCCGGAUGACGAGGAUGUCCUGGACAAUGUAGACUACUAUGAGAGCCUGCUAGAUGACAGCGUAGACCCAGAAUCCAUUGAGGCCCGAGAGGAUAUGACAGCAUUUGUCAACCGUCAUAACCAUGAAUCUGAACUGAUAAAGUCAGCUGCAGAGGGUCUGGGAUUUUUGUAUUCUGAACCGAAUUACUGGAUCAGUUAUGGAGGACGGCAGGAUGAGAACCGGGUCCCUUCAGGAGUGAAUGUGGAGGGAGCAGAAGUCCAUGGAUUGUCAUUGGGGAAGAAGUCACCGCCCAAGAUAGGCCGAGACCUAAGAGAAGGUGGCCCUCUGCUCUAUGAGAACAUCACCUUCGUCUACAACUCAGAACAGCUGAACGGGACGCAGCGGGUUCUCCUGGAUAAUGUCCUGUCGGAAGAGCAAUGCCGGGAACUCCACAGCGUGGCCAGUGGAAUCAUGCUGGUUGGUGAUGGAUACCGAGGGAAAACGUCACCCCAUACCCCCAAUGAAAAGUUUGAAGGGGCAACUGUCUUGAAAGCACUCAAAUUUGGUUAUGAGGGCCGGGUGCCGCUGAAGAGUGCUCGCCUGUUCUAUGAUAUCAGUGAGAAGGCUCGGAAGAUUGUGGAAUCCUACUUCAUGCUGAACUCAACCCUGUAUUUUUCCUAUACGCACAUGGUCUGCAGAACAGCCCUGUCUGGGCAGCAGGAUAGAAGAAAUGACCUCAGCCAUCCCAUUCAUGCUGACAACUGCCUCUUGGAUCCGGAAGCGAAUGAGUGCUGGAAGGAGCCUCCUGCGUACACUUUCCGGGACUAUAGCGCACUCCUGUAUAUGAAUGACGACUUUGAAGGGGGAGAGUUCAUCUUCACUGAAAUGGAUGCUAAAACUGUGACUGCCUCUAUUAAACCAAAGUGUGGGCGAAUGAUCAGCUUCUCGUCUGGCGGAGAGAACCCUCAUGGGGUGAAGGCGGUCACCAAAGGCCAGCGCUGCGCUGUAGCACUGUGGUUCACCCUCGACCCUCUUUACAGAGAACUGGAGCGGAUACAGGCUGAUGAAGUGAUUGCCAUCUUGGAUCAAGAGCAGCGUGGGAAACAUGGACUGAAUAUUAACCCCAGAGAUGAGCUAUAGAAAAGAGAGUGUUCUAUCGACUAUUUAUUUAAAUUGUUAAUCUUAUAAGAACCUUUUUAUUUUUGUACAGAGCCAUGGUAUAAAUUAACAGGAUACAAUGA